ACCGGAAGCAGCACCAACGUCUGUAGCAGUGCGUUGGAAGGAGUCAGUCUGAUGGCAGAUUUGUCCUUUUUUUUGACUAAUGGAAACGUUUUAUUGGGACAAAAUAUGGAAGCAGAAGGGCGCACGGAGUUUGAGACUGUGGAGAUUACGGAGUGUACGGCGGGGAAAGUGAAGGUCCCCCGGAGGAUCAUUCACUUCGCCAACGGGGACAUCAUGGAGGAGUUCAGUACUGAUGACGAUGAGGAGGAAGAGCAGAAAGCUGUGAAGCAGGAGGUCAUUGCAGUUGAUACGUCCAAACUGACGUGGGGUCCUUAUUUCUGGUUCCACAUGUGGAGAGUGGCAACCUCCACUAUUUCAGUGUGCGACUUCAUGGGGGAGAAAUUGGCAUCCCUGUUCGGCAUCACCACUCCUAAAUACCAGUAUGCUAUUGAUGAGUACUAUCGCAUAAAGAAAGAGAAGGAGGAGGAAGAGGAGGAGGACCGUCUCGCUGAAGAGGCUGAGCGCACGUUUGCAGCACAGCGUAGAGGGGAGCAGGAAAAUCCUGCUGCAGUGAAGGAUCAGCCAGAAGGGUCCGGAGCCUCCUUUGUAAACGUCAGCUUUGAGCUCGAACCCGAGUCUUCACUCAGGAAUCUGGAUCCAAACAGAGUCCCAUCUCCUCUCCCCUCCUGAAAAAUAACUGAACUUAGCUCCAUGCACUAAUUAUUAUUUUCCAAAUUGUUUAUGUUUGUAACAGUGAUUUAGCUAUAACAGUGGAAGUGGCUGCACAAGCCAUACCUGUGAAUGUAACUUUGAGUGUUGCAUCUAAUCUAUGCAAAACUAGAUAUCAGCCUGGGUAUGAGCUCUUGGUUGAGAUAGUGAAGUAAAUGCUGGUUGUUGCCUUGUGCAUCCAUCUCAGUUUUUUUUAUUUAUAGAGUUAAGGCCAGCCAGAGGGACCAGGACGUAUAUACUAAAUUAGAUUUGAUAACUGAGGACCUUAGCAGCUGGGUCAAUAAUGUUGGCCUCUUUGUCUCGUUUCCCAGACCCAUCCUAGGAAACGUUUGUUCGAUCCUAUUCGGGGAAAAAAAGGAUGGGGUUUCUUUAAUCUGUAAGAAGGUUUAGAGUUGCCAUUUUUGCCAAAGUAUCCACAUGAAUAACAGGACCCAUGUUUUCCCUUUACCAUUGCUAUUCUUUACUCAACAGUUUGUAGUACCAGGAUGUUGCAUGUAGAACCAGCUGGUGGUUUUGAUUUGGCAAAUAUAGAGGUAGAGUAUAAAAUUUAAAGUGAACAGUAGUUGUACUUUUGUAUUUCAACAUUUCAAUGGUGCAAAAAGAACCAGGAGCUAACGAAUAAACAUUUAGAAUUUCAUAAAUAUGUCUCAAAGUCACCUCUAUGUGCUGCACUUUAACUGUGAAUGAAAAGUCAAUUAAACACCAAUAUAUUUGCCUUAUACAAGUGUUGGAAAAGGAAAUUAAAGGCUGAGCUUUACUUUUGUAUUAUUAUAGUAAGUUUGGUUUUAACCCCAAAGAGGAUUUAUCUGUAUUUGAAUACACUCCAGUAAAUGUCUAUACAUGUUACCGCUUCUUUUUCACUUUGAUGAGCUAAUGUGAGUCGGCUGGUUUGAGGCAAGAAGCAGCAGAGCUGACUGUACAAGAAAAACUAAAAUAUUCUCCAUUAAACACCUCAAUAUACUACUUCGGGAGCCCUUCAAACCUGCACAGAAUAAUCUAUUGUUAAAAUAUAUUGAAGGUUAUUGGUUUAUAGAUGCCUACACAGCUCAUGUAUUUAUAAGUGUCCUUGCUUUGCGCAUCUUAAGCUUCUUAUUGUUGUCCACUGAUAUCACUACGUUACCUGGCUUCAGAUCUCUGAGGAGGGUUAACUCCAGUCAGGUGUUGCUGACAUGGACACAGAAGUCUGAGAUAAUCUUCCUGAUUAUAUUUGGAUAAAUGUCUUUCAUUAAUAAACAACUUGAUGUUUUUGUGUGUGAAGAAAAAUAAGAAACAAUGCGAUAGAUUUCCUUAUUUUAACUGGACUCUAUUGCCUGCAUAUGUAUUUAUAUAUUCAGUUUUAAUAAAUUUUAAAUCAGAAAGGUCAA